UUUCUUGUUCUGCUUCAGGUAUUUCCUCAAUUAUUUUUUCGUUUAAUUGGUCGGUAAAUGUUUUGUCGUACAUUUCUAAUAAGUUUGGCGGAUCUUCUAUGCUUUUUAAUUUGCGCAAUGUAGAAUUUAAGCGACUUAGGCAUAGAUUUUUAUUUGUAGGUAAAGGCGGCGCGUUUGGGCGUCGAGGCAGGCGGACGCAAUAACUAUUUCCGUUUUUUGUAAUCGUUUUAUCGAAUAAGUUUUGCGCGCUUUCGUCCUCAUUUUCAGUUGGCGAAUCAUUAAUGCCAAUGCCCUCCAGGCCGUAAAGUUUUUGUUGAUCCGUUAAAUUUUCGAAAAGUCCAUAAGUAAGAACAUUUUCGUUACCGUAGCAAUUAAUACCGUUUGCGUUUUUUAGAUUAAUUUUACCGCAAACUAUUGGACCUAAAAGCGUUUCAACUAUGCAUAUUCCUCUGGGUAAGUGCUCUAUAUUUGUGACUAAUUCCCAGAAGUGGUCCAUUCCUAUUAAUAUUUCUGUUUCGUAGUUUUCGGUAGGGAUGUUUAUUUUUUCCUGCUUUUGCUUUUUGCGUAAUAGGUGUAUUUCGCGAUCGGUUAGCUUUGCUGUAGCUAUUUUACCGGUGAUUUUUUCGGCAGUGCAAAAUCGAAAUUCUUUAAAUUCUAAUUUUUGCCGCCAAUUUUUACGAAGUCCAAGCUUUAAUUGCACGCUUUUACUUGCGAAUGAGGUUGCGUGA